AUAAGAUAACAGUGAAAAGUGUUAUUUGCCAUCUGUGAGAGUGAGUAAAUCAAUUUUUCAUCGAAAAAAUAUUUCCUUCCCAUUUCUUUUUUAUUGUUAAAGAAAAAAGAGAGAAAAAAAAAACAAAUCUACACUCGUCGUCUGUGUGUCGUUGUCUCGUCCUGCUGCUAUUUGAAGCUGUGUCCUGUCAUCUCUCAUUCAUCUCUUUCGAUUCACCUUCAAAGAUUGUUGUUGUUGGUGUGGUUUAUCAUUAUUAUUAUUAUCAUCGUCAUCAUUUUUAUGGACGCGAGAUAAAAGAAAAACUGUUAAAAAAAAAGAUAUCAAUUAACUAAGAUGCCUUAAUUGUAACACAACGCACACAUUUGUAAAAAAAAAAAAUAUGUAUUCUGCCUAAAAAUUAAACAACAACAACAAAAAUUGCAUAUAAUGUAUAACUAAAAUUCAAAAUGAUAAUUAUUGUAACUGUCACAAUCACUAGAAUAAUAAGAUGAAAUUAUGCCUAAAUGUAAACAACAAAAUAAAAACUCAUAAAAAUAUGCAAUACAUUUGACGGUUAAAAUACAUAUAACUUCCACAACGUAAAAGUAAUAUCGUAAAUUCAAAACAACAGAUCGUAAUUUUUUGUUUACCUCCUCUUUGUGGAUCUUAUUUUGUCAUCGCAAAUGUUUUGGAUCGUAUAGCAUAGACAACAACCAAAAAAAAAAAAAAAAAACAACAACAAAUAAGGAAUAGUAUGGAGUCGGCAGUAAUUCGUGCGCCUACUCGCAGGCGAGCUCGCAACGAUGAACAACUGUAUGGCCGGAUAAAACUGAAAAAAGUCCUUGGACUAACAGUAUGCAGCAAUGCAGCGUUAGAUGUUUCACCAAUAAGCGGGCUCUUAGCUUAUCCAGCUGGGUGCACCGUAAUAUUGUUCAAUGCCAAAAAGCAAACUCAAGCUUACCUUGUGAACACAUCAAGAAAAGCGAUCACCGCUGUCGCAUUUUCACGAUGUGGUCGUUAUCUGGCAACAGGUGAAUGUGGCCUAAAUCCUGCCAUCAAAGUAUGGGAACUAGAUUCACCCAAUGGUAAUUUGGAGGACACAACUGGUGGCAAUGUGGUUGCUGAGUUUGUUGGUCACAAACAAGCAGUCAGUUGUGUGGCCUUCUCACCAACAGGCAAGUACCUGGUAUCAGUUGGAUCACAACUUGACAUGAUAGUCAAUGUCUUCGAUUGGAAGUCCAAUCUCAAGAUGGCCUCAAACAAAGUUAGUGCCAAAGUAUCAGCGGUAAGCUUUAGCGAAGACGGUAGCUACUUUGUAACUGUAGGCAAUAGACACGUCAAAUAUUGGUAUCUUGAUGGAGGACGAAAGCAGUACAAAGAUCCAGUGCCGUUAAUGGGCCGAAGUGCCAUUCUAGGUGAACUACGUAACAAUGACUUUUGCGCUGUAGCCUGUGGCAAAGGUGAAUUCUUUGAUAGCACCUAUGCUAUAACUCGCCAAGGUCAUUUGGUUGAAUUCAAUUCCCGCCGCUUACUUGACAAAUGGGUAGCCUGUCGAACGACAAGUGCUAAUUGCAUUUGUGUUAAUGCCCAGUUCAUACUGGUCGGUUGUGCCGAAUCUAUAAUAAGAAUUUUUAAUGCCAGCACAUUAGAAUAUGUCACCACAUUGCCAAGAACCCAUUAUUUGGGUGUCGAUGUGGCUGCUGGAGUACAUAUCAAUCACAUAAUGAAUGUGCCACAUAAUGCCAAAUAUCCAGACUGUGUUGCAAUGGUCUAUGAUGCAUCACGAGCCAAAGUUAGUUGUGUGUAUAAUGAUCACAGUUUAUACAUCUGGGAUAUGAGGGAUAUUAAGCGAGUUGGCAAGAGUCAUUCGUUUUUGUAUCAUUCGACGUGCAUUUGGGGCGUCGAAACUGUGCCAUACAAUUUAGAACGGGAGACCUCUCAAACUCUACCUGAGGAGUGCUUUUUAACAUGCUCUUCAGAUGACACAAUUAGGGUUUGGGGUCUUGAGAAUUGUUCCAACAAUGAGAUCUAUCGUAAGAAUAUCUACAGUAAGGAUCUUUUAAAAGUUGUGUACAUCGAUGAAGAACUGAAUUUCAUAAGGGAUUGUUAUAACUCGGUAAUGGCUACAGACAAGUCGAGUUAUGAUUCCCGAAAUGGUGUGCGUUGCAUGAAAAUUAGCCCUGAAUUGAGUCAUUUGGCUACCGGUGACCGAAGUGGCAACAUACGAAUUUACAAUUUGGCAAAUUUGAAAAUGCUGACGAUUAUAGAGGCUCAUGACUCUGAAGUACUGUGCCUGGAGUACAGUAAUGACAAGAUCGAUAGGAAACUACUGGCCAGUGCAAGUCGAGAUCGUUUGAUUCAUGUCUUUGAUGUUAAUCAGGGUUAUGUGAUUCUCCAGACGCUGGACGAUCAUUCGAGCAGUAUUACUUCGGUGAAGUUUGUCGGCAGUGGUUUGACCUUCCAAAUGAUUUCAUGUGGAUGUGAUAAAUCGAUUAUGUUCCGAACAUACCAGAAUGGUCAAUUCCUUCGGGGUACUAACUGCUCAGGGAAGACGACUCUUUAUGACAUGGAAGUGGAUAGUAAUAGCAAACACAUUAUGACUGCAUGUCAAGAUCGAAAUAUCAGAGUCUACAGUACCCAGAGUCAGAAACACACGAAGACCUUCAAAGGGUCUCAUUCGGAAGAUGGAAGUCUGAUCAAACUGAGUCUAGAUCCGAGUGGCAUCUACCUUGCCACAUCGUCUACAGAUAAGACUCUGUCUGUCUAUGACUACUAUUCGAAUGAGUGCAUGGCUCGGAUGUAUGGUCACAGUGAACUGGUAACAGGACUUGCCUUCACCAAUGACUGUAAAUAUCUCAUCUCGGCCAGUGGCGAUGGUUGUGUAUUCGUGUGGCAGAUUCCACACGAUAUGAUUGUUACAAUGCAAGCGAGACUUUCGCAACAAAGACUACGAUCCGGUCACCCACCUUUGGCACGUCCAAUAUCAGAGAUCAUCGUAGAAUCUCCAAUUCCAGAGGAGGAGAAAUUCGGCAUGUCACCUGGUCGUAUGUUCAUGGAUGACAUUCCUCUAACUCCUGGUUAUAAAUUCUCCGAUGUUGGCCAACUACCUCAAUGGGCGAAACGAAAAACAUCAACAACCGAAGAGCCAACAAAUGCACCGCCAAGUUUAAGUUCCAGUCCUAGUCAAGUUGUAGGGGUUCCCAAACCGCGAGGUCGAUGGGCUCAACGUGGUCAAAUUGACUCGGAUACAUUGGAUUUGCGAAGUAAUUCGGAGAGUCCAUUGGGAGCGCCACCGUAUAGUGGAGGAAUGGUUGGUAAUACACAAACUUCGGAUUACAAUAGUGCCAGUUCGAAGGAUAUUAUGUACAAUCAAACGUAUCUGAGUGAAGAUAGUUCGAUUGAUAGUGGCAUGGAGACAAGGCGGGAGAUUAAAUUUGCCGGAGUGACUGGAAAUGGUAACAUGAGACCGGUGCCGGAAAAAAAGAAAACAUCAACAACAGUUGCGCCAUCAUUGCGAUUUGAGUCGAAUAAUGACCAUGAUGGUGAUGUUGAGGAUAUAUCCGAUGGCGAGAGAACUAGCUCAGAUCAUGGAUUAUUCUAUCCAACUAUUUCCCCAGGAACACCAACUGAAUUCAAAGUCAAUGCCAUGAAUGAAGAAGAACUUCGCAAAUCAAUGCGACGGAAAAACUUUGAAAAAGUUGGACUUAAUCUCAGUGGUGGAUCACAUACUGCCAGUACAGGAACUGGAACCGGAACCUCGGAUACAGAAGAUGAAGGAUCUACACCGAGUGGAGAAAAUGCCGACAGAUCAAUAGCAUCAACAUUAGGUGGUAGUACGGAAAAUAUUCCACAAGUUUCAUCCAGUUUCCUGCAACAAGCUUUAGAUGGACCCGGUGGAUUCCCAGAACGAGGAGAUAGAACUCGCCGAAGUAUAAGUGCCAAACAUAAUACAGAAAAAUCACCAUCAAUAACAAAGUCAUAUACAAGUACAAAGAAGGAGGAACUUCUUAAGGUCAUAAGCGAAGCCAAACAAAAGCUAGAAAAUGGUCAAAGAAAUUUCAAAAAUGGAAUUAUAAAAAAUAAUGCAAUACCAGAGGUUGGUUAUCGGCCGUUACGUGGAAGUCACAGCAUAUCAGAUCUUAGUUUAGCUGCAAGCUCAGAAACCCCUAGAACACCAAAUCGUUAUAUAAAAGCAGGAUACAAAACACAAACUUCUUCCAAUUUCUUCUUUAAUUGUGCUGCCUCGAAAGCAGUUCUCACACAGAACUGCAAUGUAAUGCGUCAAUUACAUCAAAAUUAUCCUCCGUAUCCACGCCAUAUUGGCGUCUACACAGCUACCACCACUUUAACACCAUCAUCUGUUCAAAUAGAAGCAAAACAAAAAUCUAAUUCCUCCACAUGUCCACGAUCUAAAUCAUCGUCGACAAAAUCCUCCACCAAUCAUGAAUCAGUUGAUUCUUCUUCCAACUAUAAUAAUAAUACUAGCCAAUCAAAGUCAUCGUCUCAGUCUCGCAAGAGUCAAAGUAUUUUGAAAAAUUAUAAAUCAUGUCCCGUUUCACCGGUACACGAAGAAAUCGACUGGCGGAAUCUUCCGAGCAACAAUAAGAACAUAAUCUUUACCGAACCGAAACGACAUUCGGUAUAUUCCGACGAUGCUAGGACAAUCCUCGAUAUGAUCCACACAGAUACUGAAAGAAUGAUUCAAGAGAUCACCAAAAAGUAUGGUGAUCUUGAUGAACCUCUAACGAAUGUACUAUCUACCUCAGCAUCGGUACCGCACAGCUUGAGUAAUACCAGAAGUCUCCCUCUGCCACAUAAUCAUGGCGGUGGAGCUGCAAAAAAGAAAGACAAGGACUCUCCCAAGGAUGAAGAAGGUAACUUUAGCUCAGAUUCUCUAGAGAAUUGCAGUCUUGACCUAGACUAUGAAAAGAAUCACUGCAAUGGGCGAAAGAAGAAGGUCUGCAAAAAACAUCAGAAAAAAGCUACAACGAUACCGAAGCGAUCUGUUAGCGAAUAUUUCAUCUACAAGGAAUUCUACGAUCAGUCGAUUCACCGAAAUGUCUCGUUGUCAGAUAUCCUUAACGAUGAUCCAACAAGCCAGAAACCAAAUGAAGAUCAUCUGGAAGAGGCGAAGUUCCUUGAAACACAACGGCAUUCAAGUGCCAGCUUUUUCCUUACCCAGUAUCCAGAUAAGAAGAGUCAGGAGAGUCUUUUAUCCGAUGAGUUUGGAGAUGUCAGCUACUACAACAGCAUGGAGAGUAUUUUGUCAGACGAAUCAGAUUGCAAGAGUGCUCCUCUCGAAAUGCUAUUCGAUAAAAAACGCCUCCGAAAUCCAUGCACUCAUUUGUUGCACGAAAGAGUAAUGGACAAUGUGUCAAAGUCAUAUGGCUCUAGUCCGAAUACUUAUAGUUCCUUAGACUUUUACAUGCAACAAAAAUCUGUAAAUACCACAUAUGAAGCUUUUGAUGUCUCCGGCUAUGGUCUGAAUGAAUUCUCUGAAAAGCCUCGAACAUCGUCAAAUCAACCAACAAGCAUCCCCACCAUACAUUCAUCUGAAACUUAUCCCCGUCUGUCCGAUUGUCUGCCCCCAAAAUCUCCCACAAAUGAUGAUGAUAUUCCAACAAUGAAAUACAAAAACGCUCAGUAUAACUCUGGAGUGAAUAAAAGCUUGAGCAAAGAAUUUGCCUCUGAGAGGCAGAAAAGAAAUCCUCUAACAAACGAGGAGUAUGAUGAUUAUAUGUUCACUAAAAAGCCGGUUGGCGAAAAGCCUCCUGUCCCGGCAAAGCCACAAAGUCUGAUUUCCUCGGUUCUCAGUGGAGGAGGAGCUCCUCCUCCAGCCACAACAACGACGACACCGCAAGUAAGUGCACCCCCAACCUCGGUGAAGAAAUCCUGUAGUUUUGAUGUGGACAUAAAGGAUAUGAAAGUUCCUUCUCGAACGGCAAGUGUAGUACGUAAGUUCGAACGGAACUUGGCAAAAUUUGAACGUGAAAAGCAACAACAGAGCAUGCGAACCAGUGCUAGCAGUGGUGCUCUUAGUUCCACUGGGAGUUGUUUGAAGUCCAGUCAGAAAUCAUUGAAUACCGAUGGUGGAGCAUCUCGUCGGGCUUCGAGUAUGAGAUCUCGCAGUCGACCGAAGAUAUCAGUUCGGUUCAAUACUGUGAGCCAAAUCAAGUACACGCCAUGUGAUAAGCGAUCCUCGUCCUGCAGUAGCAGCAGAUCGAGUGAAAAUCGAACUGACUACGAAGAAAAGUCUUUUGAGAUGUACAUUUCCGAACAUGGUAACGAAAGGGAUAACAAUAUGGAUAGUCUGAAGCUUUAUACUAAACCUGCACCGUUGAUGGAUGAAGUUCAAGAUGACAAAAGCAAGAAGAAUUCCCAAAAUGAAAAGACUUAUGUGCUUCAGCCAUCGCUGGACAAUAACACUAGCAAUCAGUGUAGAAAUAUUGCCAAAAAGAUAGAUAUUAUAAAUAAACUGAUUGAAAUGGAAGAAAAGAAGCUCGAACAGAUUCGUUUGGCUACUGAGAACCGUAUGAAGCCAUUCGAGUGUAAUUCCAAGGAAAAAGGCUAUGUCAAAAGUUUGACUAUGAAUUUUGACAAAUUGGCUCGUGGAAUCGAGCGAGAUAUUGAGACUGAACAGAAUCGUGUUGGUUGUGGUAGUGAUGGUAGUAGUGAAUAUAGUAAAAUGACAAGGAACAUAAGUCUUCCAGAUGUUUUAGAAAGUGUUAAAUUGCAAGCUUACAAUUUUAUAACGAGCACAGAUAAUGAACAUGAGAGUGAGAAAAUUCGAAUUGAUUGCGGUGGCAAGGACAAAGGAUCCAAUAAUAAUAAGAACCUUAUGCCAGUUCAAAUUGAGGAUUCUUCAAUACGUCGUGCAUGCUCAUUGAGUGACCUUCAUAUGGGAAAUAUGGGCAAGAGCCCCAAGUCCAACGGAACACCUGCACAGCUUCAAAAGACCGGAACAAAUCAUAGGCCCAGUCCAGUUUCACGUUCGGUUAGCAAACGUAACAGCCUUCAAGGACCUAAGUCACCAGGAACUAGUUUGGCAACACAAAGUGGUUCAAUGAAUGUCCUAAACAAUGCAAGCGAUUCGGAGCCUGAAGAGGCACUCAGAGGCGGAUCCAGGCCAUCACCCCAAAGUCAAAGUAGAUCGAAUGGUCCAAUUGCUGCAUCAAGACAGUAUAACAACAAAGCAACAACAAUCACGUCUAGUCGACGCAAAGGUCUUCAAAGUUCAUUUAACAAUGGAUCUGGCCAACAAGAUGAUUCAAGUUCAGAAGAAACACCAGGUAGCUCUUCGACGCAUGGUAGCAAACCUGUUGUGCCUCCUCGUCCUAGAAAUUUAUCUCUAGAUCAUAAGAAAACUGUCAUGAAUAGUCCAAAUGUGGUGAAAUCACGUGGUAAUUUUGAACCAGUAGAUUUCCCUUCCCGCGAUAUAGAUCAAUCUGAUCCAAAAUCACAAGUGUAUAAUAUCAUAAAUAAAUUAUACACUACAACUACUGCUGCUAUGCAGCUGCAUGCAAAAUUAAAAAAUUGCGAAGACUCACCAACGAGUACUGGCAAUAAUAAUUUAAUGCUAAAGGAAUUGGAAAAUGCUGUGAUUAUGACGCAACAAAUGUUAACCAACAUAACGAAUAAAAACGAUAAAAACUCAUCGCAAACCCUUUCGUCAUCAUUUUCCGGCAAUGAAGUAAACCUAGAAAAUGGUGAUUUUCUAACAAUGGUAAAUAAUUGCGCCGAUUUACUGAGCAAUGUCCGAAGUAAGCACAAACCCGAUGACUGUGAGAAUAACUCCUAGUGUGUAAAAUAAACUUAAGACUUAAUAAGUAAAAUAAUUAAAAAUUAAAAAAAAAAAAACAUUAAAUAAAUUAAAUAAUAAUAAUAGAAUACAGUAUACCUAGUUAACUAAACUAAUAUAAUUUU